AUGUGGAUUGUCAACUGGUUCUUCGAAGUCCUGGCCUCGCUCGGCCUCGCCAACAAGCACGCAAAGCUCCUGUUCCUCGGUCUCGACAAUGCCGGAAAGACAACCCUAUUGCACAUGCUCAAGAACGACCGCGUAGCCGUUCUGCAGCCCACUCUCCACCCAACCUCUGAGGAGCUCUCCAUUGGCAACGUCAAGUUCACAACCUUCGACCUGGGAGGCCACGCGCAAGCCCGCCGCUUAUGGCGUGAUUACUUUCCCGAGGUCAGCGGUAUCGUGUUCCUGGUUGAUGCCAAGGACCACGAACGUCUCGCCGAGUCCAAGGCGGAGCUCGACGCGCUGCUUGCUAUGGAGCAGCUGGCCAACAUUCCCUUUGUCGUGCUCGGAAACAAGAUCGACCACCCAGAGGCCGUGUCCGAGGACCAGCUGAGGGCGGAGCUUGGGUUGUACCAGACGACAGGUAAGGGCAAGGUACCGCUGGAGGGCAUCAGGCCUAUCGAGGUCUUCAUGUGCAGUGUGGUAAUGAGGCAGGGUUACGGCGAAGGCAUCAGGUGGCUCAGCCAGUACGUCUAG